AGACAGGUUGUGGUUUUCUAGAGUACAAAAAUAAGUGUGUUUUCCUCUGGCUUGUCAUUUACCUCCUUCUCGAACUUUCAAAAUUCAACUUUAAUUCAAAUCUAUUUCAAAAUUCAUUGAGUUAUAUAUUAUGGAACUAUUUGUUUGAAAAUCCCUGUCAACAUAUACUACUCUGACCGAGACAAGGUUAGGUUCCCUCUCAACUUCUUCUUCUUCUCCACUUCCUUCAUUACUUCAUUCAAAAGAUCUGGAUAUCAAGUUGAUGCUGAGUAGCACACCGCAUUGAUACCGAGGGUUUUCUUCCUCUGCAUUAGUUUUCACGGCAAAGUAUUGAAGAACACAGAUGCCUAGAACAAGGGAAAGAGUUUCUGAAGUGCCUCAAAGGCUAUCUCCACGGCCUCCAUUUCAUACGAGGACAUCUUCAAGUUCAGAGUCUGAUCCGUUGCAUCGUAGUCCUAAGCUAAGUGAUCGUCGUUCUCCUCGUAGUGCUCAAUCUGAUCCCUUGAAUCAGAAGAAGCUCGGAACUCGGGUUGCUGACUUGGAAUCUCAAUUAGGCCAAGCACAGCAUGAACUCAAGAAACUGAAGGAUCAGUUAGCUUCAGCUGAAUGUGCAAAAAAGGAAGCUCAGGAGGAAUUAGAGAAGAAAAAGAAAAAACCAGUUAACAAUCCACCCCCUGACAUUAAAGGGAACACAGUUUCUGCACUGCCUCCUACAGAUAUCCAGGAGGCCAAGGAAGAGAUUAGGGAAAUUCCAGACAAAUCUUCUGAGGAGAUCUCAAAAGAAACUGAUGUAUAUGAAGUUCCUGUAAACACAGAGCUGGUCGAAUCCAAGGUGGAACUGACUAAGCCUGUUGGUGAAUCGCUUGAUGUGGUCGAAUUCGAGGGUGAAAUUAAACAUGCUGAGAAAUCUUGUGAACCACCAGAGAAUGCAUUGGCUUUGUGGGAAGAUGAGAUUAAUUUGCUGAAGACCAAAUUACAAGAAAAAGAGGAAGAGUGUGAACAUUUACGGGUAAAUAAUGAGAGCCAGAAUAUGCAAAUAAUAGAGGCCGCGAUGGCUGUGGCGUCAGCUCAAGCGAAGGAAGAAGAAACAGCUUCCAAACUGAAACAAACUGGGAUAGAAUUAGAAGAGUCCAAGGCAAAUGCUGUCAGACUAAAGCAGCAGUUAGAAGCUACUGAAGGACAAAAGGCAGAAUUAGAAUCGGAAAUGAAAAAACUUAAAGUGCAGACGGAGCAAUGGAGGAAAGCAGCCGAUGCAGCUGCAGCUGUACUUUCUUCAGGAAUUGAUAUGAAUGGGAGAAUUGGCGAGAGGUGUGGAUCCAUGGAUAAGCAGCUUUUCAGUGGUGGGUAUACUGGUUUUCAUGGAUCACCAUACAACGAUGAAUUAGAUGAUGUGUUUGUAGGAGGAAAAAAGAAGGGUUCUGGCAUUCGUAUGUUUGGAGAUUUGUGGAAGAAGAAGAGUCAGAAAUGAGAAUCUCUCUCCCAAAUUCUCCUGCUUUACUUGGCUCAAAAUCGUUUCCUAGCUUGCACUGUUACUUUUUAUUUUUUUGUGAAACGGUUGCUUACGGUUUCGGGUUGCAGCAUAUCGUGGACUGCGUUGGUUUAGCAAAUCUCAGAUCGUACUGUAAUGAUUACUCAUCUUUUGUUCAGUUCUUCAAAAACUUACAUGUCCCUCAAAUUUUGAAAAAUCUUGUGCAUGGUAGUUUCUGUGGUUCACAUGAUUUGAAAGUUCCCAACCAUAAACAGGAUUGUUUUAUUUUCUUAACAAGAAAAAAAAAAAAAA